UGCACUUUUUAGGUUGUUUAUCUCUCUCCCAAAAUUUGCUCUCUUAGUUUCUCUCAAAUCUAGAAUUUAAUCUCCUCUCUCUCAAACUCUCCAAAGAAAUGUUGCAGGAAAGAGGUCAUUGGGUCCCUAAUUUUCUCCCUAGUUUUGCCAAAAAUCUUCAUAUCUUGGUAGUGGAUCAUGAAACCUUGUCUCUCAAGCACUUGAGUUCAUUGCUUAGGCAACAAUCUUACAAUGUUAUGUCUUCAGCGAUGAACUUGAAGGUAGCUACGAAAGCAUUGGCAGAAGGAGCGUGUUAUUUUCUUCAGAAACCUAUUUCUAAGGAUGAUCUAAAAUAUGUAUGGCAACACAUGUAUCGGAGAAGCAUAAACAUAGCCAAGCUAACCCAUAUAGCAAAUUGCGUAGAAAAAGCCAAAUCUGGAAAAGAAUCUGUCGGUAUCCAAAACGACAACACUGUUGUUUUGUCUCGGUUCACCAAUGCAGCUAGUUAUAAUAAUAAUUGUAGUAUUAACUAUCAACUAAUGAGCUAUAAUGGAAAAGUGCAAAACACGCCAACGAAUUCCCAUGAUUCCAUAGUUGUUUCAUACUUCGGAGGAAAUAGAUCAACGGAUGACAUAGAAGGAACAAACAAGGAGGAGAGAGUUACAUGUUACUCAAAACCUACCAAUUUUGGACAUACAAGAGCUCAUGAGGAUAAUGGAAGAGGGAAGGAAUAUUUUAUUUCCCGUAAUACCAUAUCAUGUAUCGUUUGGAAUGUGGAACGACGUCUCAAGUUCUUUGACGCCCUCAACAAGCUAGGUGAUAAAUGUCGCCCAAAACUUAUACUUAAGUUGAUGAAUGAACCAUGCUUGACGCUGCGCCAGGUAGCUAAUCACCUACAGAAGUACAAAGCACAAGUAGAGUCCAUGAAAAGGGGGAGAAAAAAUAAAUUAGCUCCAUGGAUGGAAGCAUCCAAAUUCAAUUUCUCAGUCCGGACUCAACUUCCUCCGUUAGUGCAAAAGCAGUAAAAUCAUGAGGCAAACAGAUCUACACACGGAGGUUCAACCUCUCUUUCAGGAGGGAAAAGAUUCCAACUUAUUGCUCCUAAGCCUAUGCCUAAUCCUAAACUGCUUGUUAGCACCAACUUUGUAAAUCAUGGUCUCAGAAUGUUUGACCACAAUUUUCAGCAUGUUGCUUCAAACUACAAUUCAGUUCCAUAUAGCAUCAAUAAGACGACUCCAGAGGUAACUUCUUCUCGUGUAUUUAAUGAAAUUCAGUUCUCAGAUAUACAUCAAGCUAAUGUAGCUCAGCAGCUAGAAGCAAUGGAAUUUAAUGGCACAUCAGAAGGGAUUCCGUUGAUGUCAAAGAACAUUGCUUUACCUGAUUCAACCAACUUGGACAAUGUUUCUGCAAAUUUUGUAAAUGAAGAAAGCCAACAACA